AUGUUUUCUGGUCUUUCUUUAUUAAAACACAGUCGUUCUUUUCGGUUCAAUCUUCCUAGAAUGUUUCAAAGAGCUCAGCAAAAAAAUAGUAUAGCAUAUUCUCAAGCAAAAGAAAAUGCAUCCGUCAAUAGGGAUAUUCACAAUUACUCUUCCGAUGCUUUUCAACCUUCUGUUCCGGCUUCUAAAGCAGUUCAACACCCUUCCCCGAAUCCAACUGCUCCUCUGAAGAGAGAGUUCUCAAACACAAUUCUUCAAAAUUUGGAUGAAAACGAUGCUUUUGACUCUUCGGAUCCAGCGUUGCCGAUUUUCAAUCCCCCUGAAGCGCACGAGAGAGCCGCUUCUGAUACAUUACAUGGGAUUUACAUAGAUGAAAAUGAUAUCGAUGAUGAUUUCGCUGUUGAAUCAGAGAUUGAUCAAAAAGCAAUUCCCUGGUCAUCCUCUCCCGUCGAACAUACAAAAUUAACUGGAUCCAUGAUUGCCAACGCCAAUCGAACCACUUCCACUCUUCCUCGUUUAGUGGAAGAGGCCUCUAGAAACACCGCAGCUCAAACGUCUUUGUCUCGUUCGCAGCAGAGACAUCCCAUUAAGCGGUCUCGUACUCUUCCAUGGGCUUUGGACCCAUUUCGAUAUGGUGAUCCAGUUUCUUCAAAAGAAGAAAGUGCCAAAACAGAAUCCAAACAGGGUAUUGUAACAAAUGAUUCUCAAAAUGCUGCACCCGGAUCCAGAAGUAUCUCACUUGAUAGCUUGCCCAAAACUGGCUUAGCAGCACGAAACGGACGUAUCACAAAAAAGGCGCCUGUUUCCACUGCAGCUGCAAAACCUGUUGAUUCUUCUUUGUUCAGAACCGUUUCGGAUCCAAGUCGGAAACGAGCCGUUCCCAGUAUUUUUCUUUCGGAUGAACAAAAACGAAUUUUAGAUAUGGUCGUUGAACAACAACAUAGUAUUUUCUUCACUGGUUCUGCUGGUACUGGUAAAUCUGUGCUUUUGCGGAAGAUAAUAGAAGCUUUAAAAGUGAAACACAGAAAGCAAACAGACCGUGUCGCUGUUACGGCGUCUACGGGAUUAGCAGCUUGUAACAUUGGCGGUGUCACUUUGCAUUCCUUUGCAGGUGCCGGGUUAGCAAGAGAAUCUGUAGAUUUUCUUGUAUCCAAGAUAAAAAAAAACAAAAAGAGCAUGACUCGUUGGCUUCGAACAAAGGUUCUCAUUAUUGAUGAAGUUUCUAUGGUUGACGCUGAUCUAAUGGACAAGUUGGAAGAAGUAGGUCGUGUUAUACGCAAAGAUGCUAGACCUUUUGGCGGCAUACAAUUGGUUUUAACUGGAGAUUUCUUCCAGCUUCCACCCGUUCCUGACUCGGGAAAAGAAGCGAAGUUUUGUUUUGAAUCGAAUACAUGGAAAACUGCUUUGGAUUAUACCAUUGGCUUAACUCAUGUUUUCCGACAAAAAGAUGAAGAGUUUGUUACUAUGCUCAAUGAGUUACGUCUUGGUAGAUUGUCGGAGAACUCAGUUAGGAAGUUUAGGUUUCUCAGUAGAGAAAUCAAUUAUGCAGACGGACUUCUUCCGACAGAGUUGUUUCCGACGCGUCAUGAAGUCGAGCGGUCGAAUGGAAUGCGUAUGCAACAAAUCCAUCAAGAUCCAUUAACCUUCACUUCUAUCGACAGCGGUACCGUUCGCGACAGAGAAUUUCGAGACAAAUUACUUCAAAACUGUAUGGCUCCUGCACAGCUUGUGUUAAAAAUAAACGCACAGGUAAUGCUUAUAAAAAAUAUCGAUGACCAAUUGGUUAAUGGAUCUUUGGGGAAAGUAAUUGGGUUUAUCGACGAAGAAACGUACCAGAUAGAAAAGAAGGAUGCUGAAAUGCAAGGAAGGAAUCCUUUCGAAUACGAUACUUUGGAUGUACUUCCGUACGAUUUGCCUGACGUGAAGCAAAAAAAACAUAAACUAUUGUCUAUGAAGAAAGCUUCAUCUAUUUCCACAAAAUGGCCUCUUGUACGCUUCAAACUUGCUAAUGGCGGCGAGCGAACCAUAGUGGUACAAAGAGAAACUUGGAACAUAGAGUUACCAAACGGUGAAAUCCAGGCCUCUAGGAGUCAAAUUCCUUUGAUUCUAGCGUAUGCCAUAUCCAUACACAAAGCACAGGGUCAAACCCUCGAUCGAGUUAAGGUAGACUUAGGUCGCGUCUUUGAGAAAGGACAAGCUUAUGUUGCUCUUUCAAGAGCUACUUCUCAAAAAGGGUUACAAAUACUCAAUUUCUCUCCUUCUAAAGUUAUGGCUCAUCCGAAAGUUAUUCAGUUUUACAAACAGCUCGAUUCCGUCAAUGGUAUCCCUAUUCGCAAUGAAAAUAAAGUGAAAACUGGUCCUUUUAAAUGA